AUGCGAGCUUUAUGGGUGCACAGUGUGGUAUUGGGCCAUUUUGAUUCCCUAGCAUUACUAGACCGCAACCAUUUUACAUUACACACACAUGAACAUGAAUCCUGCCUAAGGGGGCACCUGGACUAUUGGCAUGGGCAGAAAGGAAAGGCGCGUAAGGGCCUGUAUGAACUUAAGUCUCUGGAGGACGCUCAGAGAAUCGAUGAGACUAGACCUGCUGUAACUUGCGACAUUUCUGCAGCUGUCGCUGCUUAUGUUGCCUCCGCUGCAGCUGCUUCUGCUGGAGUUAGCAUUAUUUUGGGUCCUGCAGAUACUGUCGGAGAUGUGCUGCAACAGCAGGUGAGGAUAGUGGCCCUCGACUCUGGAAAAGGCAUCGAGACAAAUAAGCCACAGGGUGAAAUUGACGCUGUAUUCAAUCUCUGCAACAGCAGGCACACACGUUAA